AUGGCAAAGGAUAAGGAACGCUCCAUCAACCCCGCCCUAGCCCAACGGCGGCUGGAGAAGGCCAAAGCCUUGAAAAAGGGUAAAGCUGAGGUCCAAGCUCGUCGGAAUGAAAAGCUCGCGCGUCGCAACCCAGACCGGCUCCAGCGCCAAAUCGACAAUCUCAAGGCCGUCGAGGAGUCGGGGCAGCCACUGAAACCGUCCGAGAAGCAACAUCUUGAAGAGCUCGAGAGGGAUCUCCGCGCUGUCAAGAAGGCUAGAGAGGCCCUUGGUGACAAGGCUCCGACAUUUGGUGGGGGUGAGGCUAGACAGGGAACGCAUUCUCAUUCUGAUCGAGGGGGUCGCAGUGAUGGUGGUGGUCGCGGAGGGGUUCUGGGGAAGAGAAGGCGGGAUGGCCAGGAAAACAACCGGUGGCGGCGACGUGAUAAUGACGAUGGCGAGGGCAGCAGCGAUACAGACGAGAGCGUUCGACGGAUCCCCAUGCCAAAGGACACCCCUCCACCCAUCCCGCGCCAGCAUCAUGCACCCCGCCGCGCAACCAAUGCAAACAUGGAACCCCUUGGUGAAGGUAGAGGGCCCGGCGAAGCGCAAGCCACCACCACCACCACCACUGUUCCCGUUUCUCACCCACCUGCGGCACAACCCAAACCUGAGCCGAAAACAGUCUACGAAGCGGCCCCCGUGAUCAAAGACCUGCGGAAGGAAGCUGUGAGCAAGUUCGUCCCGACCGUUGUGCGCAUGAAACAGGAGGCCGCCAAGGGCCAACCCGGCAGGUUGUUGGAGCCUGAGGAAAUGGAUCGACUUGAGAGAGAAGGUUACAUACCAGGUGCUUCUUCUCAAGCGUUCCAGCCUUCGCCUGUCGAAUCUGGAGCUGCCACUGGAACUGGACCGGGAACUGGCUCUCCUGCACCGAAUGCUACACCCCCUACGGAAGUUAAUACGUCGAAGACGAGAACGGUGCAGAUAGAGGACGUUGAGGACGAAGAUAUCUAA